AUGGCCCGCGCGGCGGGCCACGCCAGCCUUGUUUCAAUCGAAUACGAAUCCCAAUUGUCAAAGUUUUGCGAAUCUACGUGCGUCCGUUGCAUGAUGGCCCCGCCGCGGACCGCAGCGACAGAACGCAUCGCGCUGAUCCCAGCCGUCCGCAAGGACAGUGCGACUGGCUACAAGAACGUGACCUUCAGCCGCAGCAGCAAGAAGUUCAAGGCGGAGGCGAAUGCUGGCGGCAAGGGUGUCCACCUCGGCUACUUCGACACCGUCGAAGAGGCGGCCACCGCCUACGCUCGGUCAGAGUACGGCCGCGCCGACGCCGCCACGCUGCUGCAGCCUCGCCCCGCUCCCACUCCCGCUGGCGCCGAGGCGAUACGGCAGGCGGAGAGGGAGGGCCUCACCCUCACCGCCAGUAGCAGCAGCAACACCGGCUAUAAAGGCGUCUGCUGCCGCCCGAAGCAGCAAGGCAGCAAGAAGUACCAGCUGAAGGUGAUGAUUGGCGGCAAGCAGGUCACCCUCGGCUGGUUCGCCACCGCCGAGGAGGCGGCGCUCUUCUACGCCCGCAGGGAGGCGGGCAGGGACACCAGCGAUCUCACCGCGCCGCCACCGCCGUCCUCAACCUCUGCGGAGCUGCCAGCGUACGAGCUCAGCAUUUUGACGCCUGAGCAAAUGGCCGCCAAUCGACAUAUAGUCCACCGUCCAAUUUGGACUAUAGUCGAGCGCGUCGGAGAGGUGUUUGGAGACAGGCUCAUGAUUAUGCAGCAGCCCUAG